UUUGUGACAUGAAGUAGAUUUUGCCUUUCAUCUUUUAAAAGAACAAUAAUAAGUGGAUUACACCGAACUCAUCUGAUCAGUGAUCACACGCAAUAGCAUAAUGCACAUCAGAAUGUGAAUUUAUUAGGCAUUCCCUGUCCAGGCCUUUGUCCAUUUGUCCACUUUUGGUGCGUGGACGGUAUGAUAACAAGAAUUUGCAUUGCCGGGAGUGUAAAAUUUGUUAUUAUGAAUGCCGCCCCUUGUAUUUCUCAUCUGCCUCUUGUAAAAAAAGUUACUGAAACCACUGAAUUAACUUUGUUACAGAUCUUUAUCCUGAAGUGUCCAUCAAAAACAUUGAAAGAGAUAGAGAACAAAAGUGUCCAACGCAGUUGGGAAAAUUUAUGGCAAUUGGAAAAAACAAGAAAAAACUUGUGCAAUUUCUGUUUGCUGAAUGGCAAUAGUUUGAUGGGAAGAGCCUUUACAUGAAUGUUGAGACUUUGUGUUACCAUUUCAAGGCUUCAGAAUAUUCCCCUAGGUCAACUAUAGUUGAAUCCGCCCCCCUACUAAACUCUUCACAAGAACAAGCAGAUAAAUGUAUGCAAUUACAUGCAGCACAUGCCUCGAAAGAUGGUCAUUCAAGCAUUAUUUUACUAAGCAAUGAUACAGAUGUCGAGGUGCUGUGUUUAUAUCAUCAGGAUAGUAUUUCUGCAAAACUUGAUGUCUCCACUCUGGCCUCUCAGUUAGGCCAUCCUUUGUGUAAAUCUUUGCUUGGUUUACAUGCACUAAGUUGUUGUGAUUCAACAAGUGCAUUUUCGAUGAAGGGCAAGCAAAGCAUUUUUCAACUUGCGAAAGUAGAUAAUGCUAUGCAA